AUGAGAUCGAUUGUUGUAUUGUUGUUUCUCAUUUCGUUUGUGGCUUUUCAUGUGGUAGAUGCCCAAUGGUGGGGUAGAGGCCCGGGGCCAAGAGGGCCAGGACCAGGUCCAGCUCCAGGCCGAGGACCCUGGGGUCAUGGCCCUCCACCGCCAGGCCCGGGACCCCGAAGAGGGCCACCCCCGCCCGGAAGAGGACCCGGACAUCGUGGACCGGGAAGAGGCAGCUGGGAACAUCACCGAGGAGGUCGUGGACGAAACGGGCACGGA